GUUUCCUGGUCAAUACAUGUAUGUAAAACAGUAACCGAGAGAGGGGUUUUAGCAGCACUGUUGUUUUUCCAUUUGUUAGUUGGUACUUUCUUUUGGUUGGUUGGUUGGUUGGUUUGGUUGCUUCUCCCAAACCCAGAGAGGUUUUGUUACAGUGGUUCGAAAUUCUUGUUUGGAAUCUUUAUGGAGAAGAGGGGCAGAAAAGAGGUACAGGUGUAGAUUUCGAAUCAAAUCAAUCUUUCAGAUUGAGGGUGACCUCACAGUUUAACAUUAUUGCACUUGAUGAUCUCAUAUUGGCAUGCUACCUAAGAUAUGGUGUCAAAGAAGAGGCUGGAUUGCAGAUUCAAUGGCUACCGAGCCCCCAUUGUUCCCAGAGCGCCUAGAUCAAUUAGGAGGAGAGGUCCACGCAAGAAAUUGGUGGAAGACAGCAAACUUUGUGCUUUUGAGUUACUUGCAGCUGUAGCUGGCAAGUUAUUAGAGGAGAGUGAAAGCUCUGCUUCCAGUAAUAUAGCUGAAGGGAAAGUGAAGGUUGGUGCUUGCCUAGAUGGAGAUGAGAAGGUGCAGCCCAAAGAUGAUACAGCUUUGAAAUCAGAGAGCUUAGACCGUGGAAGUUCUGCUGAGAGUGCGUUUGUUCCAGAAAUCUGUGUUCAGGAGCACAAACUCUUAUCCAACUUUAAGGCACUUCCACAAGCAGAAAAUGAUUAUGUUGUUGACCACAUUUCUGUACAUGCAAGUCCUGAUCGUGUAAAGAAAAUUGAUUGUGAUAUAAAGCUUGGAAUCUGUGAGGAGAAGAAUUCAGAUGGAAAUACUACCUGUAAAAUAGGGGGCUCUGCCUGUUUUGAUGACAGUUUCAACCAUAAAGUGGAGAGUGAACCAGAAGUUCAACCAGAGGACGAAAAAAAUCAGAUUGGUGAUCUAUCUAUGGCCAACAGAUCCACUGUAAAGGAUUCAAUUGGUGAAUGUGUGAAUAAUGAUGUACUGAAUAACUCAGAGAGUAGUGUACAGUUACCCUUGUACAGGGAACCUGUUGCUGGUGCUUUCUUCCAGAAGCACUGGAAUGAUGUAAAGUUAGGGAUUAGAGAUGAUGACGAAAAUUCUUUUGGGUGCAAUAAAUCCAGGACCAGGAUUAGGCCCUUUAGGCCACAACCACGUAUUGGACACCGUAGAAUUAGGAAACUGAUGACCUCCAAAUACUGGAAUUGGAAAGGAGCUCCCAAACUGAAGGAUUGUGAACUUUACAACACUAGUGAGGGCAUGAAGUCCUUCUACCGAUACAGGAAGAAUGUUUAUGCACGAGAAAGAUCUCAACGAGUACCUCUGAAGAAAAGAAAAUUAUCUGAUCACAGCUUUGCGGUUUCCUAUGAUCAGGAUGUCAGCAGUGAUAGCAUCUCUAAUUUGCCUGAGAAAGGGGUGAUGGGAGAUAAGGGUAACUUGGCCAUGGUCUUGCAUAGAGAUAAUGGGGUGUCAGCCACAGUGAGAGGUCAUCCAAAGCCAAAGGAUCCUCAUGUGAAACUUAGCAUUAAGUCAUUCAAGGUGCCAGAACUUUACAUUGAGGUUCCUGAAACUGCAACUGUUGGUUCUUUGAAGAGAACUGUGAUGGAGGCAGUUACUACUAUUCUUGGAGCUGGAAUACGAGUUGGGGUGGUUUUUCAGGGGAAGAAGGUCAGAGAUGAUAGUAGAACAUUGCAGCAGGCUGGUAUUUCUCAGUGUAGCAACCUUGAUAAUCUUGGUUUUACACUAGAGCCUAGUUUUACACGUGUUUCCCCCUCCUUGACUCCCAAAAAGCUUCCUGCGUUAUCGUCAUGUGAUGCAGAUCGGACCUUGCCAAGGUCUCCUGCCACACCAAUGAUGGCUUCAGGAAUCUCAAACACCUCAGUUGAUACCCCGGUUUUGGCUAAGUUAGAUGAUGUGGGCCAGAAUAAAUAUAUAUGCUCUACAAAGACCCCAAGUGAUGCACUGUUGGAUGGAGCAGUUCCUGACUCGAAAGCAUUGGUUCCAGUGCCUCCAGUGAAUGUGGAGGAACUCGCAGUAGUUCCAGCAAACCUGAAACCCAAACGAUCUGAGCUUUCACAGCGUAGAACUAGAAGACCCUUCUCUGUGGCAGAAGUGGAAGCACUGGUGGAAGCAGUUGAAAAGCUGGGAACCGGAAGGUGGCGUGAUGUUAAAAUGCUUGCUUUUGAGAAUGCAGAUCAUAGAACAUAUGUAGACUUGAAGGAUAAAUGGAAGACCUUAGUCCAUACAGCUAGCAUUGCUCCUCAGCAAAGAAGGGGGGAGCCGGUGCCACAUGUGCUGUUAAACCGAGUUUUAUCAGCGCAUUCAUAUUGGUCGCAGCAUCAGUCGAAACAACACGGGAAGCACACAGCGGAAGUCGUGCUAGGGGAGCCUCACUCUGAUUGUUGAACUCUGUAAAGUAUAGGAAAGUGUAGCAGUGAAACUGUAAAAAUGUGUCAUUUAAGUUCCAUUUAACAUUCUCACACUCACUGAUUUGUUGCCUAGUCUGUCACUGACUUUGGGGAGACGACUGGCCUUCUGUAAAUGAUGGGUGGAAUAAAGGGGUUUUAACAUUGUGUUAAAGAGAUGGGGGUUUUAACAGGAAUCACUCUUCACCUUCA